GUAUAACUCCCUGUGUAUUCGAUCUAUACAUAUAUAUAGAGAGGCAGAAAAGCAACGGGUGUCAGAGCGAGACAGAACGAAAGUAUAGCUCUUGCGAGUCAUAUACAAUUGGCUCACGGAGAGAAAGAGAGAGAGAGAGAAAGAGAACAGUGAACAGAGAUACAUCAACAUGGUGACCGAGGAGUUAACGAACUGCUGCUAGUGCUUAUCUUUGUACAUAAAUCUCGUGUGCUGCCUCGCAGCCGCAAAUUUUUCCUUCGUGUGUACACACUGUGCGUAUAUAUACCGUGUGCGUGCGCGUUACAUACACUGGGAAAUAAUACAACGACAAUUAUCCAAAAAUCCUACACCGAUAGAUAAAUAGGAGCAAAGAAAUUAAACAAAAAUAAAGAGGGCCGACAACGGUGCGAAAUGAGCAGCACGAUUUUGGGACGAAAAAUAGAUAUCUGCACGUUGCCCGUACAACGGUGAUUUUGAUAUAAAUAACACACGUACGUACACGCAGAGGCAGGCCGAGGGUACUCGCGACAAGUCAGAAGGGCCCGUGUCAAGCAGAGAGUAACAUCUUCCCCUAACGACACACAUCCUAUACAUGUAGAGACACGAUAAACACCGAUAUACACACAUACCGUCGUUGCACAUACAUGUACGUGAGUGUUACAUACGUGUGUAUAUUUACUGCCAUAGUGUCGGGCUCGACACACACCACGGGAAAAAUAUCGUAAUAUAUACGAGAGAAAGAGACAAUAAAGACUACGACGUAAACGAGUGCUGCAGCAAAACCAUAAUACACGUCGAUGUCGGAUGAGAUUCAUAGAUUUAGGAUGCAUCAAUCGCAAGCACAAUAAUCGAGAGACAGCCCGACAGCAUCCAACGUUGCUCCAACUUGUCAGGCCGUUCGGCUGAUUUUUAAACGCAACAUUCGACUCACGAUUUGUUUUGAUCGUGUCUCGUCGCGAAAGCGAAUAUUACGAGUUCUAACGCUCAUUCGUUUUGGCUAGCGAAUGUAAAUGGUGUGCUCUGUGCGUGGCUGCUGUUGCUGUUAAAGAGAGCGAAAGAGAGACAGCGAAAAAGAAAGAAAGAAAGAGAGAGAGAGAGAGAGAGAGAAAGGAGAAAGAGAAAGAGUGAGAGAGAAAGACCGUACGACGAGAAAACCGAACAUCCGGAAUUGCCUCGGGGUUCUCUUCUUGUGUACGCCAGCUACUGGAGGUGCUCCCUGGCCUGCUGUUGUGGCUGCUGCUGCCGAUGCUGCUAGUGUUACCGCUGCUGUCGCGUGCCGCUGAAAUUUAUUUGUCUUCUCUUGUCAAAACGUCCGCAUGCGAGCUCUUAUUGUAACAAAUUCGGCAGGACGACGUCGACAGCAUCAUCGCAUUUGGACGAAUUGAUAAUCGCCAAUCAUCAUGUGCGAUGUGUGCGCUGAUUUUCACGAUCUUCUGCUUUCAUUCGAUGAAAGGAUAUCACAAGAAGAAGAAGAGGUAGCAAUACUUCGCAGCAGUGAUGUUGAAAUCAUUUUGCAAUACAUUAACCAGUGGGCACAAAGACAAUGCAUGUGUUGCUAUCGUGAAAUUAAAAACUUUGAUAGAUUCAUAAAAUUAAUUCAAAAUAUUCUCUUAACUUCUCUUCAACAAUUACAAGAAGUACAUAAUAAACAAAAAAAUGCAAUCGAUAAAAAAGAUAAAACAAGUGGUAGUGAAGGAGAUGAAAAUGAAAAAACUGAAAAAGAUAAGGAGGUUGCAAAAAAAUCACAGAGUCCUGAAUCAUCAAGAUCCAAACUCCACUGGACUCAUCAAGACAGAGAAAGAUUAUUCCAUUUAUCAUCAAAGAUUUUUUUACUAAAUUUUCCACUUUAUAUAGCUAUGAAACAUGGUGGAGCAAUCAAUCCACCAGCUCCUGCAAAGGACGAGGGUGGAUUCUGUGAACCACAUGAUGCAGAAGUGCCGGCACCUCUGAUUCGCUCUGUAUCAGUUUUUUGUCAACAGGGUGGAUUUGAUUUUAUGUCCAAUUGUUUUAAUUUAGAGAAUACAAUGCCUGUUGGUUUAGCACACUCUAUGGUUGCAGUUAUUUGUAAUAUAAAGUUAUGGUUAAAUUAUAAUAGUGUCUCACAAUUGUUCAUACCACUUCGGAGAUGUGUUAUGAAGUAUAUGUGCCGUUUGACUGAUAAAGAGUUACGAACUCCAGCAGUGAGGACCAUGGCAGAUUUCAUGUGGAGCGCUCUUAAAGAUCCAAUCGACAAUGUAGUACCGAACUUUGACGAAGAUGGCUUGGAUCUAGCGUUUAAGUAUUUUACGAGUACGACUUUGACAAUGCGUUUAGCGGGCAUUGCUCAGAUAAAUUCACAUAUAACGACAUUCAAUGAAUUAUGCAACACUGAAUCCAUCCCUGACUCUGAUACAGUCGGUAAAAGUUUGGCAAAGUGGCUCACAGAUAACAAUAUAAUUUCGCAUAUAUUCGGGCCGAAUCUUCACGUAGAAGUUAUUAAGCAGAGUCUUGUUGUUCUGAGUUUCAUGGCCAUGGAAGGACGUAUAUCGUCGGCAGAUAUGGAUAUAAUGUGGCAGGCUGCGCAAUUAAAACAUUGCGCCAAACCUGUGUAUGACUUACUCGGGGCAUUGGUGAAGCAUUUAGCACCUACUCCUGCUCUGCAUUUAUACUCUUUGAUCGGAAAAUUGGAACCAAAAGACCACACGGAGCAGAGCCUGUUUUUAGUAUCGGCCUUGAUAAAGUUCAUUUGGACUUCCAGUAGUGCAUCGUAUGCAUCGAACGUGGCUCUCGAAAGAACUCAGACUACUGGGAUUCUGGAAGUCGAAGAGCCAAGUGAAAGCAGCGAUGGCAUGGAAGCUAGUAGUCCAGAUGAAGAGGAAGAACAACAGAGUCCGGCGCCUUCUCCGACAGAAGGACCAUCCCCUAGAAAACAGGCUCGAGCUGACAGCGAAAGUGAUAGACUCACUACUCUUGUAGAUACUCUGGCUGGAGCUAAUUUAUCAUCAUCGAAAAAGAUUGAAUCGGAAACUCAGUCAAAGCAUUUUCUUUCAACCGCUACGGCGACUAAGGAUCGUUCUAAGACAGACGAGCCUACGUCUUUGUCGUCAACUGCAUUGCAUCAUCCUUGCAAGCCAAUUAUCAGACGAGCUGUCAAUGACAUGGAUAAAAAUACCUCAGACGAGCACACGAGUGAUGCGGACUCGGACAAAUCCGCUGCCGGGGUCGACGACGUAGCCGUUCAUUUGCGGAAGAAAAAGUUCGUCCCGCGAAAGCGUAAAGUUCCCGCACGAAUAUUACGCCAUUAUCCUGAGGUGGAAGAGAAAACGUCAGUGACCGCGUCGACGUCGUGCGUGGACGCGCUGGAUCGUGUGAAGCAAGAGGCCAUUGCCGUCGAUCAACAAGUACCAUUGGUUUCAACCGCUGCUGUCACGAGCAACAAAUACAUCCUUAACAGGAGUGUUACCACAGGUAAUACCACUGUUGCUUCUACCUCUUUGGUUCAAUCGGGCGAUAGCUCUCACGAUGAGGAUGACAGCGAUAUCGUUGGAGCUGUUGCGAGUGGUGAAGGGGCAAGCACCGUAACGUCGGACUUGAAUUGUUUGGAUCACUCAAAUACUCGUUACCUUCCCACUUGUCUUGAUGAGAUGCUUUCGGACGAAGAAGGCUCUUACAGUAGUCGUAUAUCAAACAAAAGUGAGAAAAAUAUGGCUGAUUUUGACGGUGAAGAGAGCGGCUGCGAAGAAGAAUUGGCUCAACUGGCGGCUCAACACUUAUCCGCUAUUCAUAUGCAAAAUUAUCAUCCUCAGCAUUCACACCCAGCACUUAACGUACGUCGUCAAGCGUGUCGUGCCGCACAAGCCGCACGUUCUGUUCGCCAAGUAGCACGAAUCGGUACUCAAUUCAAUUUGGAAACUGUAUGCAAACCUGGAAACACAUUGCUCUGGGAUCUCCUACAAGACGACAAAGUCAGCCAACUGGGAGAAGGUUUGGCCGUGGAAGCUGAAAAAUCGUUAUGUAAUUUGCUUUGUUUUAAUGUCGAUCGAUCUAUUCCGAUGAAAUUCAUAGAAGGGUGCUUGGAAAACGUAGCGAAUAACCGUUCAGUAGUGAUAUCUCUCAGAAUACUCCCUAAACUGUUAGCUAGUUUUCAACAGUGCCCAAACAUGGAUAUGUCAUCUGUUACAACCUGGGCUGACCAAGAACUAGAUAUGAUGAAACAUUUCUUCAAUAAUUUAAAAACUUAUGUGGUCACAGGCCCUAAAGGUCUUUACUCGCAUCAAAUCGAAGUGCAAGUUCGUUUACAGUUUCUAUCUUCAAUAUUUUCCCCAAUGGGCUCUCCUGAAUAUUUCCGUUUGAGUCUACAACAAGUUGAUACACUGUGGCAAUGCUUGGCGCAAGAUCCGACUUGUUCUGAUGAGUUAUUCAGUUGGCUGCUAAGUCAGGCUAAGUCUACUGAUCAACAUGCUCUCGCCAUAGAAACUUUGAGACACCUAUGCAUGAGAAAAUUACCAAGUUUACCACCAGAAACUAUUAGCAUGACAGGGUUGAGUCUUUUUCAGCAAUUGUGCAAUUUGGCCAGAUUAGCAGCUGUCCAUAUGGAACGAUCUUUAAAGGACGUUGAUUCUGUCUGCAUUGAUUUUCUUUGGAAAAUCGCAUUGCGUGCUAAAAGCACCGAAGUCAGCAUGUCUGCGAUUCAGUUUCUCAAUUCUUUUUAUAUGUCGAGGCAGUUGACCCAAGAAAUUGAAUUCGUUUCUCAGUGUAUGGCCCACUUGGCCGCAGCUAGCGCAGAUCUGGAAGUUAAUGAGGAAGCCAGUUUACGCUGUAUACAGCGUGCCUUGUUGCUGCUAAGGACCCAUCUCGAGGCUUUUCGUAAAAAGUACGCUUUUCACCUACGCAGAUGGAGUUUAGAAGGCCGAGGAGCUGGCAGUCACAUAGCUUCUAAUUGUGCGGAACGCAGUCAACAUCUAAAAAUUUACGUUCAACCGGCUGGUAUAUCAGAAAAAACAACGUUUACGUUGCUUAGUUCCGAUUAUGUUGCCGAUCUACGAGCCGAAGUAUCCAAAUGGUGGGACGACAGACACGCAAGACUCAAGGAAGAAAGCAAAACUUUGGGAUCUCCAACUAAGAAUUUGACCUCUGGUUCAACAAGUUCAGUUUUAGGAUCGUUACUUACAGAUGGCCCAAUAAGAAUGAUUACCCAGGGACAAGAAUUAACUAUUGAAUACGACGAAAAAACUCUUGCUGAAAUCGGUUUCAAAGAUGGACAGUUAGUAUUCAUUUCUCUUGGUGCUGGUAGAGGCAAUAAUAGACCAGGUAAAAGGGACAUUGAUUCACCAUCAUUGCUGCCUCCACCAUCCAAAGAUUCGUUGCCAACUUUAUUGUUAUUAAGGCCACCGUACUUCGAACAGUUAUUUACACUCAUGAGUACCCUCGAUAGUAUGAAAACAAUUCAGGAAGAUGGCAAGGAAGUGCCACACGCUAAAGCACAGGUGCUUUCCCGUCGAGUUUGGGACACAGUGACACUUUUACCAACUAAUCCGACGCUACUGCAAGGUUUUCAGAAGCUCGACGAAGCCUCACUGCCGGAACUACUUGAUCCUUCCAAUCCGCACAAGCUUAUGUACACACUUCACAUAGUUGAGUCGCUUUCAAAAACCUCGAAGUCGCCGACAUCGUUUACAAUGAAUCGAAGAGACUCUCACAAUUCUUCCGCAAGCUCUGAUUAUUUGACACUUAGUGACGGUAGUAGUGGUGCCGGUGAUGCUGGUACUACAGAAAACAGCACUGUUAACGAAUCGGACGACGUGUCCACGGAUUGGUCGAGUCAAUUUGUGGCGCACGGUGGUUUACGACAUCUAUUUGAUAUUUUUAUGUCGGGUUGUUUGGAAAAUAGCGACGGUAGUGAAUGGCAGCAGGACUGCCUAGCCAGUUUAUUAAAGCAAUUGUGUCAUUUAGGCGUGACAAAAGAAAAAGAAAAGGAAAAUCAUAAACGGCGCCUUAAAAAUGACAAGUUAGCCAUACAACGCUUGAGUAAAGAAUUAUUAUCACUUAUGGAUGUCAAAACAGUGCUACCAAGGAUCACAAAUAUUCUAGAACAAGCUGCUCGUCCACGCGAUCCAAAUACUUAUAAAACCGGCCUAUUUGGGCGAUCACAGGUCAUACACUAUGCCAUGGCAUUGCUUGUAUGCUGGGUACAUAGUGAACCAUUGAUUGGAGACUCCUUAUUUUCUGAUAAGCAGUCUUUUGGUUCAACUUGGCUGAAACAGCUCAUACUUGAAGAUCCAGACCCAGCAGUUCGUCGUGAAGUCUCUUUUGCUUUAUACAGAUUGUGCUUGGGCAGUCUAGAAAGCGAAGAAGGAGUUUUAGGAGCUUGCAUAAUCGAUCCUACUGCUUCCAAGCUUAUUGUACCUUUGCUAGUGCAAUUGCUCGUAUAUUUACCAACUGCCGAAGCAAUGCAUCCACCUCAAAGAAAAACUGAUUUGCAAGGUCAGAGUGACGAUUGUAAAGAUAUGUAUGGUUCGGCGUGCCGUGAUUAUUUCUGGCUUAUCUGUAGACUGGUUGAUUCUUUGCCGAUUGAUGCUAUCGACGAGAAAAAGUCCAGCAAUCAACCAGGUAUGACUAUUGAUCUGCAAGCUUUGGCCAGUACAGCAAUCGAGUCAAUUUUAGCAAGAGGUUACUACGAAACUCGGCAUAGCUCGUUUGAGGACGAUGGUUUAGUUGGACUGUUGAACCUGUGCUGUAACAUUAUGGCUCACAAUCCACCUUGCAAACAAACAAAAGUGGGCCAAAAUCUUUUGGAGAGAGUAUUUGAGUUUUUAUUUGCUCUACCUACUCCAAGAGCUAAACACAUGCCCAAGUGUAAAAGUCAAGCUUCGAGAUCAGCUGCUUUUGAUUUACUAAUUGAAUUAGUUAAAUCUGCUCCUGAAAAUUACAAAAUUCUGCGAGAAAAACUAUUGGACCAACAUAAGCCAGGUAUGCGAACCCCGUUUACUUGGGAUUACUGGCCACACGACGAUGGUCGGUCGGAUUGCGGCUACGUGGGUCUUACGAAUUUGGGUGCAACUUGUUAUAUGGCUAGUUGCAUGCAACACCUGUAUAUGAUGCCGGAAGCUCGUGCAGCAAUCUUACGAGCUGAUGUUACUCGUGCCAACAAGCAUCAAUUAACGCUUCGAGAAUUACAACGCAUGUUCGCUUAUCUCUUCGAAUCCGAGAGAAAGGCUUACAAUCCUCGCAGCUUCUGCAGAGUUUAUACUAUGAACCACGAACCACUUAAUACGGGUGAACAGAAAGACAUGGCUGAAUUUUUCAUCGACCUCGUGUCGAAGCUCGAAGAAAUGACCAGUGAUUUGAAAACGCUAGUGAAAAAUUUGUUCUGUGGUAUUCUUUCAAAUAACGUUGUGUCUCUCGAUUGCGAACACGUAUCGAAGACCCUUGAGGAAUUUUAUACAGUCAGAUGCCAAGUAGCUGAUAUGAGGAAUUUGUAUGAAAGUUUGGAUGAAGUUACAGUAAAAGACACUUUGGAAGGCGAUAACAUGUACACAUGCUCUCAAUGUGGCAAAAAAGUGAGAGCUGAAAAACGGGCGUGUUUCAAAAAAUUACCGAGAAUAUUAUGCUUCAAUACGAUGCGAUACACAUUUAAUAUGGGAACUAUGUUGAAAGAAAAAGUUAAUACGCACUUUAGCUUUCCACUGCGACUAGAUAUGUCCGGUUAUAUGGAAAAGAAGCUGAUACCGAAACAUUGUCAAGAUGAAAAAGAGCAAAAAACUGAUUGCGAAGAAGAAAAACAAAAAACGGAAGAAACUUCGGAAAAUUCAACUCAACAAUCUACGAGUCAGAGAGAUGAGCACUGUCAAUACGAUUUGAUUGGCGUCACAGUGCAUACCGGUACGGCUGAUGGUGGACACUAUUAUAGCUUCAUUCGCGAUCGCAGUACGUCUAACAAAGACAAAUGGUUUCUCUUCAACGAUGCCGAGGUGAAACCAUUUGAUCCCAAUCAAAUUGCUGCUGAAUGUUUCGGAGGUGAAAUGACCAGCAAAACCUAUGAUUCAGUGACCGAUAAAUUCAUGGACUUUAGUUUUGAGAAAUCGAAUUCGGCUUAUAUGUUAUUUUACGAGUGGUGCCAAGACCCAAGCAGCGAACCACCACUAGGUAACAAGGAAGAUGAGGACGGGAAAAAAGACGAAUCUGUUAGCCCGAUAGUAAUUGAUGCGCCGACUAAGAUGGACAUAACAAACAGUACUAGUUUAAGUGUGUCGAGCAUUAUGGAUGUAGAAAUGGAGCAGGAAGAAAUUCCAGAGAUCAAGCUCAGUAAAGAGCUCGAGGAGUGGAUCUGGCAAGACAACAUGCACUUUCUUCUUGAUAAGAAUAUAUUCGAACAUACGUACUUUAGUUUUAUGUGGCAAAUAUGUAGCUACAUACCGACAACACUCAUAAGUAUCGAGUCAAAUAUCAUGGAGUCCUCAUCCGAAUUAGCAACUGCUUUCUUCUUGGAAACUUUUAUCCACGCCAAAGAAAAGCCGACCAUGAUGCAAUGGAUUGAUUUAUUGACCAAACAAUUCAACAAUUCAUUAGUCGCGUGCUCGGCUUUUCUCGAUAAAAUAGCUAAUGACUCCUGGUGGCCAGUGCAAAUUCUAGUCAAGUGUCCUAAUCAGAUGGUGAGGCAAAUGUUUCAGAGACUCUGUAUUCAUGUCAUAACGAGACUCAGACCAUCCCAGACUCCGCACUAUACGUCAUAUGAAUCUGAAGACGAUGCUAGCACAGUGGGUAACCAAUCAUGUGUGACACGUUUUAUGCGUUCAUUGCUUGUUUUAAUGGAGCAAGCUAAACAACAUCUGAAACAUUUAACUGAAUACUUCGGCUUGCUUUACGAUUUUUGCCGUAUGGGCGAAGAAGAAGCGCAAUUCUUGAUUAAGGCACAAGCCAUCACCACGAUGGUUAAUUUUUAUCUUGGUCACAAGAGUCAUGAGUUUGUGGAUUCAAUUAGCGAGGAAGAGGAAGAAGAAGAGGUCGUUGCUAUUUCAACUGAAAAGCUCAAACCGGCAUCGCUUGACAAAAUGAUUACUCUCAUUGCUGUGCUUGUCGACAAAAGUCGAAGUGAAAAUCAGCUCAAUCUAUCUCAAUCAGAUUUUACCGCCGUCGCUGGAGGUAAAGGUUUUCCAUUCCUUUAUCAGCAAAUUCGCGAUAAUAUAAAUUUGCAGCAAACUAGAAACAUUAUCCAAACUCUGUGUCGAUGGAACGAACGUCUGGCCAUACAUCUAGUUAAUAUGAUGUUCCAAGCAAUUACAAAACACACCGAAGUCUGCCAGCCGUUCUUCAAAAUGCUCACUCUUUUGACAGACAACGUUACGCCACAGGGUUCACAAACUUGCAUGACUCAAUUGAUCUUAGGGCGUGUGUGGGAAGUUGCUCGUGUCGCUCCUCAUGGUGCUCUCGAGUGGCUAGCUUUAGCUGUUACAAGAAGUAAGUACGCUCAUACCUGGGUACUGCAAGGCAUGGACAAUUGGUUGCAGCAUUUCCUCAUCGAACAUCAAAAUCAAAGAGUCAGAACUGCGGCAGCAUUUUUGCUUGUAUCUUUGGUUCCAUCGACACCUUUCAGACAAGGCUAUCGAAAUGCGCAUAGACUUGGUAUGGGUAUGAACAGUCACAGAGAAUUAUCGUUAACUCAAGAAGCUACGCAAAUUUUGCAUCAAGUGUAUUCAGCACUCCUGAGGCUACUACAGCCAGCUAGACAUUUCACAGAUAUUAGUCAACAUGGCACAUCUAAGCUUACAUCCUAUUUCGCUCUCAUGACGUAUUGCGUAGUUUCUAAUCAAGAAAAAAUUAUGUUUGGUCCAUACUUGAAUGACCUCUGGACGCUGUUCCAUCCAAAAUUAUCAGAACCAAGCAUUCCUGUGCAUCAUAAUAAACAAGCCCUAUUGUUAUUUUGGUAUCAUGUUAGCAAUGACUGCCCAGAAAACAUAUCUCUCAUCUUACAGAAUCCACACAUUACAAGAAACAUUGCUUUCAACUAUAUUUUGGCUGAUCACGAAGACCAAGAUGUCGUCAUGUUUAAUCGCGUUAUGCUUCCUGCCUACUACGGAUUGUUAAGACUUUGCUGUCAACAAUCUCAUCAAUUUACAAGGCAACUGGCUGCUCAUCAAAAUAUUCAAUGGGCUUUCAAGAAUAUCACUCCACAUCCAACGCAGUAUUCUACGGCUGUUGAAGAACUUUUCAAAUUGAUGCAACUGCUCGUUGCCCGGCAUCCUGAUCAAACGGAGCAAGAGGAGCAAGAAGUCGCACAAUUUCGACGAGGAACUCUUACAGCGUACCUGCAAGCUUUGGAUGGAAGAUCAUCGUGGGCAACGCUUAUUUCAGCUUUCAGGAUUCUUAUUGAAACGGACGAAGAUAGACUUUUUGUCGUUUACAAUGGAGGAUUAGCCAUGUCGUUAGAAGCUUUCAGUAUGCUGCAUAUCAUGUAUCACGAGGCAACGGCAUGCCACGUGUCUGGUGACUUAGCCGAAUUAAUAGCAAUAAUCGUCGAAUUUGUAAGGUGCGUCAGGCAGGCCCGUGACACUCCCGAGCCACGUAAUAUCCUUGGCAAUUGUAAAGAAUGGCCGGAUAUUUUACGAAAACUGGCUACGUUACUGAAUACGUACAAUCCACCCGAUAUGCGGAACUUAGCUAUCGAUUUGCUGAAGGAAUUAGUCAUGACUGUACCUAACGAUGCAUUGCUUAUUCUGGCACCUCUUUUAUCUCACUGUCAUGCGGCCCUCCAAGAAUCCCAUGCGACUGUACCACCAGGUCCAUAUCUACCAAGACGAACGAGUCCACCAGGAAAAAUGCCCCCAAGGCCUGUCAGGCCAAUGGUUCAAAUGGCAGUGCCACAUUCGCAACUCGAAGCUGCCAAAGGUACUGACCCUGAGUACGACGCAGCUUUGAUAGAAUUUUAUUUACCGUAUCAUGAACUCAUCGAUGUGAUGUGCCGAUUAGCCAUAAAUAACGAUUGUUUCAACGAUGUUUUAAUAAACUUGAGUGCAAUGCUCGGGUUUGAAGGAGUACCGUUGCAUUUAGCUCUAUUUCCAAGGCUGUGGUUAGAUGUACAUGCAGCUACGCACAUCGACAAAAAACACAUUGCCACUUUACUUCGCAGCAAUUACACCGUUGAUUAUGUUGACGCUGUGCUUCUUGAUGAGCGCUCAUCUUUAGGGGUGCAGGCAAUUUUCGCGUUCCUGAAAACGUUCUUCCCAAAGUUAGCAACACACGUACUUACCGAGCAAACGUGCUCUAUUAUCGAUAAUCUUGUCAGUUCUCUGAUAUCUUUGGCUGACGUAGUUGAUCUAUCAAAUUCUAUGCCAAGAUUGAUUGGCGAUUUGCGCGCUCUAGAUAUCGUGUAUAGUAGUGGUCAUGAUCUGAAGGCUCCGUCCACUUUGCAACCAGCUCUGGAGAUCCUACUCAAUCGAUGCAAAAUUUCCCGUGAACUAAUAAAAGAGGGAAAACUUCUACCACAAGCAGAGUCUCCGAAAAAGCAGCAGAAAGAAAAUGAUCUUUUGAAAAGGAGAGCAAAGUUUCCUGUAAUGAUGGAUGAAGAUGAUGAAGAUGAUGACUAUGAUGCUCCAUUGUCCGAUAAUUCAAGUUCAGAAAUGAUGGAAGAAUUUUCUAAACCAAGUACCAAAGAAGUUGAUGUUGAAGCAUCUGUAAGCAAUACAACAGAACUAACGGCACCGAAAGUUUUGAGUGCUGUUGAAUCGAGCGUGGUUGAUGGUAAAACAGACGAAGCAGACACGAACAAAUCAAGAUCCUCUCCAUCCGGUAGUUGUAAAAAUAAUCUUGAGGAAGAAAAGCCAUCAACGCCGAUAGCCACGGAAGAGCUCGCAAAACCCAUGGAUCAAGAUCAAACUGACGAAGAAAAAAAGCAGUCGUCGAAUGCUAAACCAGACUCAAAUCACGAAACGUCGUCGAGUAGUAAUCAACCGUCGAGCAAUCAGCAAAGCAAUAUUACACCAGCUCUCGCUAUGCUCAGCGUGCUCGAAAGCGCUAUCGCAAAUUUGCAAAUGAUCCUGCAGUUUCAAGCCAAGAAUAAUUGAGCUUAAAGAGUGAGGUAGAAAAAACAGAGUAGAUUAUGAAUGAAUGUAAUAUGAACAAAUCGUGAUUAAUUAUAUAAAUGUUUAGUUGAAUCGCUGCAAAUUAAGUGAAUUUACAUUGACGACUAGCAUUUUUAUGUAGUACUUGGCACAGUUAUAAUGCGGUCAUUACACGAGCGUGUACAUAUUAUUAAGUAUAUAAAUUAACGAGAAAAAUAUGCUAAAUAAAAGAGAGAGAAAUAUCCAUGUGUAUAGUUCAUUGUAAUACGAAAAACAAAAGAAGCAGAUUUAAUAUAAAACAACAAAUACUUCCGGAUAUGCUUAUUAAUGCUACGUUUAGAUUUGUUUUAAAUGAUAAGAACUUCGAUUGUCAAGUCGUAAAAGUUUGUGUAUAGAGAGAGAAAAAUAAGGAAAAAAUAAAAUAAAAAAAGUUGAUCAUUAAAAAAUGUAAAAUUUGCCAAUAUUGUGCGUAUUUCGAAGAAAAGAUAUGUGCGAUGACGAUAAUUAUGAUUCAAUUGAAUGAAUUAAUGGAGAAAAUUUAUGUACUUUUUUAGUUAAUGAUGCUUGCAUCAUUUGAGAAUAUUUUCUAUAGACUGUCGUACUUUCUUUAUUUAACUUUUUUCAUAAAAAAAGGCAUGGUAAAUUCUUGUUGAAGUGCUUUCUAUCGAUAUGGAGUUAGAUAUAACAUUUUGAGAAUUAAAUGAAAAGUUGAGUAUGACUAGAUAAACGAAAUGAAAAUGCAGUAUCAUAUUAAAGUACACUGUAUGUUAAACCGAGUGCUUCUUUUUUUAUAAUCAUUAAAUUAUUGGUUUGUAUUUGAACAAAUGAAAAUAUUGCCUAUACAUAGGUCAUCAUCGUGCUGCAAAAUCACGAAUGUCUGUGAUUGUUUUUACUAUCUAAUAUGUUUGUAUGAUUGUAAGAAAGAAAAAUAAUGAUACAUUGUGAGCUCUUA